GCCAGUAGACCGUAACGGUUGGAUUCUUCGAUUUCAUUAUAUAAUUGAAAGCUCACCCUUUACGUUUCCUAAGCUCCACUUUUAGCUGGACCUCCCUGUGAAUUCCAUUGCAAUCGAAAAGCAAGCGAAAAGGCAGCUACUCUUGACUGAGCUUCAAUGUGUGCGAACCCCAGAUUUGAUUCAUUGCUACUCUGAAUCACUCAAUCGAUUUCUAAAUUGGGCCUGUGAUUCCGAUCUUUAUUAGAACAAGGAAGAUUAAAAUAUAAGGCUGAUAAUUGCAUUGUGUUCUGCAAUCAAUACACCUUACACAACACAAAGCUACUCAAAGGAAGAGGAAGCAGUUCUAUCUGGGCUAGAAGACCUUGUGUGUAUUAUCUAUCAUAUGGGCUACGUUCUGGUAAUUUCGCUUCCUCUCCUGUUACUUGCCAUCAUAGGAGCAAUUGGGUGCUAUCUUCUUGGCAGAUCAAGAGGCCGCUAUGAAUCACAGACCAUGCCACAGUGGUACGCCCCUCCAGCUCCUCCACCCCAUGUGGCCCCUUAUACUGGAGAUAAGCCACCUCCUGUUUGAUAAUUUGGGGGCACCAAUCUUUAUUUACAUUGUUUCUGUUUGGAGUUUCCUCUGUAUAUUGCCAAUGUCAAAUGAUAUAUAGGUUUUGUGUUUGAAAUUUUGUUCGAUGUUUGAUUCUGUUCAUGUUGUCCCUACCAUCUCUGUAUCAUUCUUUUGAGAAAAUUUUAUUGGUUUUAACUAGUGUUUUAAUUCUUUUAAGAAGUAACAA